AUGGGUAACGUUUUGAAGAGUGAGAAUCGAGAGUCCAGAGAGCACACGACCACAAGUUCGACUCUCCAAACACCACCCAGGACACCAACUAUAACAGCAACUUCUGCGCAAACGUUGGCCUCAGAGAUUCAUGACAUCUACCACACCCUGUCCAAACUUCCAGAUCUCUCACCGGGGACGACUAUCAACCCACUUCUGACUCGCCUUGUCAAUUUAUGCAUUGUGCCGUACAGCCAUGAGUUCAUCACCUACUUUUUCGGCAUCGAGAACAUACAUACGUUGUGCGAGCAACUACAAUCGCUCUGUGCGACAGCCGAAGGAGAACUAGAACGUUUCUGGGCAAGAAACAUCAUCGAAGAGUCGAAGCAAUCAAAGGCGACUGCCACGAACGACCUCCUCAACACUUUCCCGUACUACCAGAAUUAUCUCGACCUUUCACAGAUCGAAUGCUCCACUCUUUCCGCUUUCCUCCCUCCCUCCAGCACGUCACCCCAGAAAUUCGCCUUCAUUGGCUCCGGACCCCUACCUCUGACGUCGCUCUGUAUACUGGACAUCUAUCCCUCCGCACACGUGCACAACAUCGAUCGCGAUAUCUCGGCGCUGCAGAUCAGCCAGAGACUGUGCGAACAGCUGGGGAACACGGAGAGGAUGAGCUUCGCGUGUACUGAUAUCAGUCUCGAAGACAAUGUGGGCACAGAGAACACGAAAUGGGAUGAAUUUGACGUUGUUUUCCUGGCUGCACUUGUGGGUAUGGAUACACAGUCGAAAUUGUCGAUUUUGGAGAGCAUAGCGAGAAAGCUGAGGCCCGGUGCGCUGGUUGUGGCGAGGAGUGCAAAGGGUUUGCGAAGUGUGCUGUAUCCGAUUCUUGAAAUCUCGGGCGCUAUGGAGAGCAUUGGGUUGGAGACGCUGAUUGAGGUGCAUCCAUGGACUAAGGUGGUAAAUUCUGUGAUUGUGUUCAGGGUGAUGCAGAAGUGA